AAAAAACUGCAUCAAACACGCGAUAGAUAGAAAGAGUUACGAUUUCGAUCCUACCUUAUCCUGAUUCCCCAACUAGAUAACUACUAAUACAUCUUAAUUAGGAACUAACCUCAAAUGCAAAGAAGCAAAUUAAUAAGUGGCUAUUAUAACAUACUAUAAGCAUUAAUGAAAAUUCCACCUUUAUACUAAAAGUAGGCAAUGAAAUCCACGGCAAGUGGGAUUCCCCCAAAUCCCAAGUCUUUGUUACUUCCUCCUCUGGGGGAUAUAUUAUCUACACAUUCACAAUGUUGCCUAUUUCUCAGUUAACAACCAAUUCCAGCAAGUUAGAGAUUUCUCUGCCUAUUAAUCUGGAUUACUAGCCCUCUUAAUCACUCUGCUAAUCACUCCCUCCCUCUCCAACAACGUUAUUAAUUUAUUAUUAUUCUUAUUACUAUUAUUAAAAGAAAAAGAAAAAGCUCUAAGUAAUAAUGGCGAUGGAGCUGAUCAACAACAAAUCGAGAAGAGAAAAGAGAACCAUCAUCUCACUCUACCAACUAAACCCAUCCUUCUACAACAAGAUCGUCUCCCGGCGCUCCUCCGUCGGCGACUCCGACCAAAUCACCCGCGGCGGGGUUCCUUUCGUUUGGGAGAUUCAGCCAGGGAAGCCGCGGAUCCCGCCGAAAUCGUUACCGCAAACGGCGCCGCGGCUGUCGUCGGCGUCGUCGCUCAGCCUGAGGAACCUACCCGGGGUUUCCGGGCGGAAGAGGAGCUUCCUGGCGAAUCGGAUCAAGAAAUUCGGAUCCGGAAUUUCGGAUCUGGUGGUGGGGAAAUUGAAGAGGGUUCCGGAUCGGAUCCCGACGAAAUUGACGGCGGGGCAGAAGGAGAUGGUGAGGGGGUUUUUCUGGAGGAACGUGAAUCGAGCGCACAGAAAGCUGAGGAUCGCCGGGAGCUUCUCCGGGAGGAAGAUCCGGCAGGUGAGGGCUCGGGUUUCGCCGGGAUCGCCCCGUGAAGGUGGGCGCCGGAUCCGGGAGUAUUUCUCCAGGAACGCGAAGUUUCUCCCGGAGAUUUCUCCUUCUUUCUCGGACUUCUCCGGUUCCGUCAGCGGGGGUUCUUCUUCCUCGUCGUCAUCGUCGUCGGUGAAAUCGCCGGCGAAGUCGCGGUUUGCUCUGGGAUCGAGCUCGGGCUUGGGAAAGAAAUUGUCAGCGAAGUGGACUAAAAGCCUGAAGCUGUUGAGACGGGGAGGUAAUUAGUUUUCUUAGUCAGAUGAUGGGCCCAAAGCCCUUUAAUUAGAGUUUUUUCCUGAGUUAGUUGGGCCUGGUAACCAAGCCCAGUGCGCAAGCACAUGUACAGUGUAAGCCCAUAGAACGGUUCGGAAUAAGAAAGUCAAAGGACUCUUGAAUUUUUUUUUUUAAUUUAUACUUGUGAGAGGGACUGAAAUUGAUUAGGUUCUUACGACUGAUAUGGUUUGUAAUCUGCUGUUGAACAAGUAACGUGCCUAGAAAAUCAUAUUUGUGUUGGUUAGUGAUAUGAGAUAGAAUUAGUAUGUAAUCCUAUGACUCCAUGCAAUUAGUGUAAAUUAUUAGAAUUAAAAUGUGUCUGUUUAUUAUGAUUUUGACUUUUCGUCUUAGAUAAAAGAUGAAACUAGUUACAAUAUAUUUCCAUCUAAUUGGUACAAAUAUAGGAUGCAACAUAGCUUUCCAAGAUUUUCAUUAAUCUCGUCGAUGAAAUCAACACUAUAUAAAAUUAGUCUCCCUUCUUAGAAAGUUCCUUCAUACUCUUGGGACUCAAGCAAGCUAAGCUAGAUUGGUUGGAUUCGAACACAAUUGGAAAUGUUAUUGCCGAUGGAUAAUAUUUUUGUUUAGGGUUUGAAGGAUGAUGUGAUUAUUUCGAAAAACCCAGCUUGAUAUUGGCAUUUGCAUGCAUGUGGCGACAACAAUAAUAAUUUAUUGAAUAACUAGAAAAAUUCGUUUCAAGUUGAUCGAAAGAAGAAAAAAAAACUUUAAGGGCAAAACUCUAUUUCAAGUUCUAAGGUUGUGUUAGAUAGAUCCAUCACAUCUUCUCAAUUUCCUCGAUCACAAAAGACGUGCCUACCGAAUCAAGAGAGCCACCGAAAAAGUAACGCAUCAAUUCAUAAGGUAUGUUUAGCAUUGGUGAUCCUUCUUGACACUGCAUCUUUAAGGUCUUCAAUGGGAGAGGCUUCUUGCUCCACAAGCACCGACUUCAGUUCAUUAAGGACAUAGUUCAGACACACAUCAGAUACCUGAUCGAGAAAAAACUAUAGUUAUAUCAACCAGCGAGUCGGACAAUCGAGGACACCAACAAUAAGCAUGGUAAACUAUCACAAACAUGCAAGUAUUCUUUAGAGCCGAUUGUGCAUAUAAGAAGCUGGCUAGGGUAUAUGUGUUUCUAUUUUAUAAAGGGUGGCAUCAGUUUGUUUUUAUGGUGUUAUGCUACUAAGAAAUUUAAAAUUGAAACCUUCAUAUUAAAGACCGAGUUCGGAUUGGAAUUUUGAUUCACGUGAAGAAGAAAUCUAUUUUUUUCUGGUUCUAAGACCAGCAGUUCUAGCAACCAACUCGCCAAAGAGCAACUCUUCUCAAAAGGUGCUGAGUUGGAAUCCCAUUCUAACUAAGGAUUCUUGUGGUUCCGGAGGAUCCAGCUACAGGAAAACCAGGAAUGGAGAGCUUCCCCCCGCCCCCGCUCGCGUUUUAGCAAAAGCUGCGCUCCGCGGUCGUAUCGAUUGGUUGAAAGGCCUGAAAAAAAAAUGUUGUUCUAGGUGGGGGCCGGGAAUGCCCGACUUAUCAAUUUAUCCGGUAAACUGCUGGGAGCUCAUGUAGCUCAUGCUGGAUUGAUCGUAUUCUGGGCUGGAGCAAUGAACCUAUUUGAAGUGGCUCAUUUCGUACCGCGUAGAGUUAAAACAAAAAAAUUUUUGUUGCCUUUUCGAUGUUUCCUGACAUUUUCAAUAAAACCCUCUCGAAAAAGUACUUUAAUAAUAUUUUCGGUGAUGUUCGUAGAUGCUAUUCGAACGGGUCCUUUUCUAUUCAUUACUAGAAAAUGGAAUCCAAGAAUGGCACCUUAUAUCUCUGCAAAGCAUAAAGGUAUUCCCUUCGC